AUGGCUGUUACGAUUAUUGUGAUGGCGUGUCUGGUGGCAGCCGCUACCGCUGGCGUUGUUCCCGCCACUCCCAUCACAUACGCUACCACAGGCUAUCAUGGAGCUCCCGAUGCAAAAGUAGUCGUAGAAGAUUACAACGAUCACCCACAAUACAGCUUUUCGUACAAAGUGCACGACGUAGUAACUGGAGAUUCUAAGUCUCAACAAGAGACACGUGAUGGUGAUAUUGUACAAGGCUCCUACUCGGUUGUGGAACCCGACGGCAUUCAACGCACCGUCGACUACACAGCUGACUCACACAAUGGCUUCAACGCAGUCGUACAUAGAGAGCCCCUUGGCGCGAACGUAGCUUCAGUUACAAAGGUUGCUGCUCCAAUAUCCUACGCCGCUGCUCCCGUUGUCCACGCCUCGCCUGUGUUUCACACCGCUCCCGUCGUCCACACUUCUCCCUUCGCAUACUCUCCUCCAAUCUACCAUCACUAA